AAGUUUCGCUGUCAACCUUUGACCCCAAGAUGUCGGCCUACAUGCCGCGGUCUGUGAAGAUGUCACCGUCAGCCUUGGCGGGCAUAAAGUCCGUUGUUUGCUCUAGAAAGUUUUUAAAAUCUCUGACAGAGCUCUGCCGGCGAGGUUAUUCGGUGACAGCUGGUCAGGCGGCGGCUGCGGCGGCGGAGGAGAGCGGUGUGAGCGCCGCCGGGUUCAGCGGUCCUUUGGAUCACUAUAAUGGGCUGAUCCGAGCCGGGAGCCUGCGGCAGGACGAGCACCAGGGAGCGGUGCUGCAGAAGCUGGACGAGCUGCACAGAGCGCUGAGAGGAUACUCCAACAGACCCACGUCCAUCUUCUCAAGGUUUUUCAGUAAACCGAAGCCUCCAAAAGGCUGCUACAUCUAUGGCGACGUUGGCACGGGGAAAACUAUGGUGAUGGACAUGUUUUAUUCAUAUGUGGAAACAGAAAGAAAAAAGAGGGUUCAUUUCCACGGUUUUAUGUUGGACGUGCAUAAAAGAAUCCAUCGGCUGAAACAGAGCAUGCCCAAAAGGAAAGCAGGGAAAAUGGCCAAAUCUUAUGACCCCAUCGCUCCAGUUGCCGAGGAGAUCAGCGAGGAGGCCUGUCUGCUGUGCUUUGAUGAGUUUCAGGUUACAGAUAUAGCAGACGCCAUGAUUCUAAAGCAGCUUUUUGAAAAUCUGUUUCUGAAAGGCGUGGUAGUCGUGGCGACGUCUAACCGUCCACCUCAAGAUUUGUAUAAAAAUGGACUGCAGAGAGUCAACUUUGUGCCUUUUAUUGCAGUGUUGCAGAAGCAUUGCCAAACUCUUCGCCUCGAUUCAGGGAUCGACUACCGCAAACAGAACAGACCUUCUGCUGGGAAACUUUACUUUCUCUCCAGUGAACCGGAUGCAGAGGCAACGCUGGAUAAGAUGUUCGACGAGCUGGCUUUCAAACAGAACGACAUAACGCGACCGCGACUUCUAAAUGUUCACAACCGGAAAGUGCGUCUGAACAAAGCGUGCGGGACCAUAGCAGACUGUACGUUUGAGGAGCUGUGUGACAGGCCUUUAGGGGCUAGUGACUACCUGGAAAUAUCCCGGCUGUUUGACACGCUCUUUAUCCGCAACAUUCCUCUGCUGACGCUCAACAAGAAAACUCAAGCCAGGCGGCUCAUAACGCUCGUGGACGCCCUCUACGACCAUAAGGUGCGGGUGGUGAUCCUUGCAGAACGCCCGCUGGAGGAUAUUUUUGUACAUGAUGGGGAUCACAGUCACGACGAGAGCCACAUUCUGAUGGACGACCUGGGGCUGAAAAGGGAAGAGGCCAGCAGUCUGUCCAUCUUCAGCGGGGAGGAGGAGAGGUUUGCCUUUCAAAGGACCGUUUCUCGCCUCACAGAGAUGCAGACAGAAGACUAUUGGCUGGAGGGGGACAGAAGCUUAAAAGCGAAGGUGUAACAAGUGGGAGAAGUGGGACAUGCUGGCUACUCCAUGAACUACACUCAUAUAUGCCAAAAACACUACAUUACUCCAGCACAAAGCCAGGGGGACUGUUUUAACAGUGUUUGUGCAAAUGUACAUUCUAUAUUUAUUAGUAUCUGAAAACGUUUUACCAUUUAAAUGCUAAUUUGCACUUUGACGAUAAUUUGAAGAUGAACUUUGGGGUGUUGUAUUGUUUUUAAUCCAAUUGUUAUAUAAUAAGCCAAGUUUUUAAUUUUCUGUUUGGGAAAAAGAGGAAAAUAAAACCAACAUGGACACUUUAUAGAAUACUAUACAAUACUUUACUGGAGGUUGAUGGUCCAUUUUACUCUGCUCUAAGUAUUUUGUUGAGAUGAUUAUCUUAAUUAACAUUAAAUCAAUGAAAACAGGAAUGACUUUUUGAGAUACGAGAUGAUUUUUAUUGGUGCUGCUUGGGAAAUGUUUGCUGUAGACGGAUCAGUCCAGUGUGCGUUGAUCAGCUUUGAUUUUUACUGAAGGAAAGAUAAUAUAAACGUAUCUACGCUAAAUCUCCAUUUUAUUGGUAUUUGCGAGGCGACAUACUUUAAUUUCCAUUAUUUUUAUACUAUUCAUACCCCUUCUUGACAUAUUGUCACGUUACAUCCACAGGCCUCCAUGUAGUUUACUGGGAUUCUCUAGAUAGACCAACACCAAGUAGUGCAUAUUUGUGAAGUGGAAGGAAAGGGAUACAUGGUUGACUAGUACAUUUUUAAGUCUCGCAGCAGGUUUUCUUCCAGUAACGGCCUGUAUUUACAGUAAUAUUUAUCCUUCCACCAACUCUGAACAGCUUCCCUAUUGCUCCUAAAGAAAAGUGUCCCCAUCGUCUAAUGCUGCUGCCACCAUGGUUUGAUUUUGAUUAAGGGUAAAGAAAGUUAGGUUUAUGCUAAACAGUGUUUUGCAUGAAAAAGUUCAACUUUAGGGUCAUCUGAACUGAGAACCAUUUUUACCAGUUUGUUUCCCUCACAUCGCUUGGGUCCAACUUUAUAAGGAGCUUCCUGUUUGUAGCUUUCUAAAGUUUCUUCUUGCCAUUCUUCAAUAAAGGAAAGAUUUGGGGAGCGCACAACU